GCUCAAAGAUUGUGAACUUUUGGUGGCAUCUGAAGGUCGGAUACACCAGAGAAUCUCGUAAUGAAUCUUAUUUCGGGUCCAGGUAUGCAGAACAUAGUGACCGUAAACGCAUGCCCUUGGAGGUCUCAACGCAAGAAAUUUGUAACGGCGCAAAUGGUCACUCGCCCAAAGCACCACUCGAGGAUCAACAACGGACAGGAGUCCCUCUGCAGCAACGGCAACAGCAACAACCAAUUCAAUCGCCCAAGGAAUCCAUCGACAGAUCCAACUCGCAGAACCAGGCGAUCACCCACGAUGGGCUCACGGACUUGGAGGCCAGUCCGCAGGCUUGGCAGAUUUUCUGGCAGGACCUGCGCAUCAAUGCAUCGGUAGCCCCGCAGAGCCAGGAGGGUCCUGUAGGACACGGAAAAUCAAAUAUCUCCAUACACAAGGGAAUGAUGGAAUUCGGAUAACUGCAACCGAGAACCACGUAAACAAAUCAAAUUAGGACAUUUUCACCGAGUACUUCAUUUAGCGGUUAUAAGCCUCGUUAAUGAUCAUGAAUCGAAGAGAUAUUUAUAGAGUUCGUAAAUGAAAGCAUACUUCCGAACAAAGCAACUCUGAUAUAUACCACCCAAACCAAACUGUUCUCAGCGAAUCAGUAAGGACCAAGAGGA